AUGCCUACGCAAAUCCUCAUCGUCGGCGCCGGCGCCAUCGGUGCAUUCUACGCCUCGCGCCUCGCCCAAGUCCCCUCCGUCGCCGUCUCCGUAAUCUGCCGAUCCAACUACUCCGCCGUAAAAGCCCGCGGCUUCAAGAUCACAUCCCCCCAAUACGGCUCCUACACAUUCACGCCCGCGCACACGUUUGCCAAUCCCGAGGAGGCGCACAAGAGCGACAUACAAUGGGACUACAUCGUAGUCAGCACGAAGGCGCUGCCGGACAUUAGCGACGACUCGGCGAUCCUCGAGGGCUUGGUCAGCAGCAACACCGCGAUUGUGCUGAUUCAAAACGGCCUGGGUGUAGAAGAACCAUACGCCACGCGCUUCCCACACGCAGCGAUAUGCUCCGCCGUGACAAUCGCCACAUGCGCGCAACCCACGCCCGGACACAUCCAACACAACCGGUGGACGCGCAUAAACUCCGGGCCGUGGCUGCCACACCUCGACGUCGGCUCUGCUCAAGCCGGCGAUGCAGAGGUCAGCGAGAAGAAUGAUGCGUUCAUCGGGUUGUUGAAGGAGGGAGGGAUUAAGGAUGCCGAAGCAUACACGCAUGCGAAAUUACAGCUAGUCAGAUGGCAUAAAAUCGCGAUAAACGCCUCCAUGAACCCCUCGUCUGUACUCACCCUAUGUCCGUCGAAUUUCUCCAUGGCUCACGAGCCCGAAAUGCAACUCCACAUUCUCGGCGUAAUGCACGAGAUUCUGUCCACGGCACCCAAAAUCUUGGGCGUCCCGAUGCCCAAGGAAUUCGCGACGCCAGAGCAGAUUGUCAAGAGUACGAUGAAGAAUAACAGUGGCAGUCGACCGAGUAUGGCGAUGGAUUGGGAGGGGGGGAAAGCGAUGGAGAUUGAGGUUAUUUUGGGGAACCCGAUUCGCGUGGCGAGGGCGAGAGGGUACGAGAUGCCGAGGCUGCAGACGUUGUAUGCGCUGGUGAGGAUGGCGCAGAAAGUUCGGGAUGAGCGGAAACAGAGUAAGUUGUAG